AUGGCGUCCGCAAAGUACGAACAGCAGUCGCUCUACUAUGGUGGCAAACGUGAGACCACAACGGAGACCUUCACAAGCAUAGAUCCAUCAACCAACAAGCCGAUUGCGGAGAUAUGUAAAGCAGACAAAUCCUCCAUCGAUGCAGCAAUUCGUUCGGCCAAAGAUGCUUUCCCAUCAUGGUCUGCCACACCACCAAUGGAAAGAUCAAGAAUACUGCUCAAAGCCGUAGCACUGCUUCGCCAACGCAAUGAUGAGUUGGCCACAAUAGAGACUCACGACACCGGAAAGGCCUUCUCGGAAACUAGUGCCGUAGAUGUGGUGACUGGAGCGGAUGUCCUGGAGUACUAUGCUAAUCUCGUAGCAUCCGGCGGUCUGAAUGGAGAGACUACUAAGCUACGACGUGAUGCUUGGGUAUACACAACCAAGGCACCCUUGGGAGUGUGCGCGGGCAUUGGAGCCUGGAACUACCCCAUUCAGAUCGCGCUUUGGAAGUCCGCGCCAUGCCUCGCUGCGGGUAACUGUAUGGUAUACAAGCCUUCAGAAUUCACCCCUCUCCACGCUCUCAAGCUGGCCGAGAUCUAUACUGAAGCCGGCGUGCCACCUGGUGUUUUCAACGUUGUGCAAGGCCCAGGCGACGUCGGCGCUAUGCUCACCUCCCACCCGGACAUCGCCAAGGUCUCUUUCACCGGUCAGGUAUCGACAGGAAGCAAAGUCGCAGGCUCUGCAGCGGCAGGCAUGAAAUAUGUAACUAUGGAGUUGGGCGGCAAGUCGCCCUGUAUCAUUCUCCCAGACGCCGAGAUCGACAAUGCUGUGAACGGGGCUCUGCUCGCCAACUUCUUCUCCACUGGCCAGGUGUGCACAAACGGCACUCGGGUAUUUGUCCCAAAGUCCAUGCUAUCUGCUUUCGAGAAGCGCCUACUCGAGGAAGUUGGCAACAUCCGUGCUGGUGACCUUUUCGAUCCGAGUACCAACUUCGGGCCGCUUGUGUCUCAAGUGCACCAGCAGAAAGUGCUUCGGUACAUCAAACACGGUAUCGAGGUCGACAAGGCGAAGCUCAUCUCCGGCGGUCUGGGUGUGCCCGACCUUCCCUCUACGGCCUCCAAGGAGGGCUUCUGGGUGAAGCCAACCAUAUUCACAAACUGUACAGAUGAUAUGCUUAUCGCGACCGAUGAGAUCUUCGGACCCGUCAUGUGCAUUCUGCCUUAUGAUGACUCCGCCGAUUCUUGGGUAGAGAAUCUCGUGAGUCGUGCUAACAACACGCAAAUGGGUCUGGCGGCGGGCAUCUUUACCCAGAACAUAGAUCUUGGUCACAGGAUCGUUGAGCAACUUUCAGCCGGCAUUACUUGGAUCAAUACUUGGGGAGAGUCACCAGCGGAGAUGCCAGUGGGUGGAUGGAAAUUAAGCGGAUUGGGAGUCGAAAAUGGCCCUAGAGGGCUGGAGAACUGGGUGCAAAACAAAAGCACGCUGGUGGAGAUGGCUGGAAAGGUCGCUACUGCUUUCCCAAAGCUAUGA